AUGGUAGGAAAUCAAACUUCUCAGCCUGAAUUUAUUUUGCUUGGCCUAUCAGACCUCACAAAUUUUCAGAUCCCGGCAUUUCUUCUGCUUAUCCUCAUUUAUUUGGCUACACUGGCCGGGAAUUUUCUCAUCAUUUUUCUGGUGGCCAUCGAUUCCCACCUGCAGACCCCUAUGUACAUUUUCCUUGGGAACCUCUCCAUCUUAGACAUUAGUACCCCCUCUGUGUCUGGAUCUCAUUUGUAUUUUGACACCAUUACUGGGAACAAUUUGAUUGUUUACUCGACAUGUAUAGCCCAGGCCUUCUUCUUCAGCUUAUUAGCCAGCACUGAGUAUUUCCUACUAGCCUUCAUGUCUUAUGAUCGAUAUGUUGCAAUAUGUCUUCCUUUGCAUUACACAACCAUAAUGAGCAAUACUAAGUGUGUUCAGUUGGCUUCUAGUGCCUGGGCUAUGGGCUGCAUUUUCUCUUUGGUGCACACGCUUGGUAUACUAAGAUUGGCCUACUGUGACUCCACCACCAUCAUCUCAGGCUUCUUCUGUGAAUUAUAUCAGCUGAUUCUGCUGUCAUGUUCUGACACAUCCCUCAAUAACCUACUUAUUUAUACCUUUGGGUUAAUCUCCGCUCUCACUGCAUUCUUCAUCACUUUCCUUUCCUACGUCUACAUUUUAAAAAACAUCCUGAGAAUUAAAAUGAAUCAUGGAAGACAGAAGGCUUUCUCCACCGCUAGUUCCCACCUCACGGUAGUCGUCAUGUAUUAUUCAACCACCAUCUUCAACUACAUUCAACCCAAACCUAAGAAUGUUCUAGUCGGGCGAGUAGUGUCUGUAGUCUAUACAUUUUUCACCCCUUUCCUGAAUCCUCUUAUAUAUAGUCUAAGAAACACUGAACUAAGAACUGCUGCAGUCAGAGCUCUGGUCAGAGGGGCAACGGCUGCCAGACCAUGA